AUGAGCCCGACCGAGGAGCUUCUACGACGCGCCAGCGACGACAACAACAGCACAGACUCGUCCUCGGGCGGAGUCGUCAACAAUGGAACAGUAGGCACCCCUUCGUGCGCUCUCGACGCUACCGUUGAUGGGCAGCGCGUCUACUCGCCCGACUCCGUACCGGGCAAGGAAUGUGCCGAGGCCCUCCCGCCCGUCUUUCCUUUCAAUGAGGUCCGUAUCAGGUCGCCGGACGACUCACUGAGACUCACCUUUAUGCCCUAUGGCGCAAGCGUCAAGGAGGUCUACGUCAAGGACCGCGAGGGAGCUUGGCAGGACGUCAUUCUCGGCUUUGAUAAUGCGACCAAUUACGGGACUGAUACGGCGCACAACUACUUUGGUCCCGUCGUCGGGCGCUACGCCAACCGCAUCAAGAACGGCACCUUUGAGCUCGAUGGCAAGACGUACAAGACGCCGCUGAACGAAAACAACGUCGACACGCUGCACGGCGGCAAGGAGGGCUAUGACCGGGCGUCGUGGCAGAUCAAGUCGCUCAACGACUCGUCCGUCGAGUUUAUGCACACCGACCCGGAUGGUAACCAGGGCUUCCCUGGCGAGGUCAACACGACCGUCACCUACACUCUCGAGCGCAACGCUUCCUGGUCCAUCCGCAUGCACGCCACGGCCAGCAAGAAGACACCACUCAUGCUCUCCUCUCACGUCUACUGGAACCUCAAUCCUCAAUCCUUCAAUGCCAGCAGCGAUGCCCGUCCCAUCCUCGACCACGUCGUACAUAUGCCUUACGUGACCAAGUACAUCAAGACGGAUGGCAUCCUGAUCCCCACGGGCGAAACCCCCAAAGUCGACGGGACCGCCUACGACUUCCGCCAGGCUGCCACGUUGCGCUCCAAGUUCGACCAGACCGAGGGUGUGUGCGGCACAGGCUGCCAGGGAUGGGACAGCUGUUGGGUCGAGGAUGCCGGUCACCCGCAACAGAGCCCCUCGAUGGAAGUGUACAGCCCGGAUUCGGGGAUCAAGCUGAGCAUCACGACCAACCAGGAGGCGUGGCAGAUCUACACCACUGCGGGGCUCAAUGGACCGACCAAGGCGUCCAUUCCGAGGAAGAGGGCGCACGGGGGUGAUGGGAGCUUGGACAAGAUCUACGAGAACUACUCAGCCAUGGUCAUCGAGGCGGAGGAUUGGAUUGACGCUAUCAAUAACCCGGAGUGGGGCCGUAACCAGAUCUACGGGGAAGGGCGUGACUACCAGUGGGAGGCAAAGUACCAGUUCAGCACGGUGGACCAGAACGGCAAGGACAUGUAG